UUUCAUAAUUUCCAUUAUUUUGUCUGAGAAUAAUAAGAGAGAAGAUAAGCAUAAGUUAGGCAUGUCUCAACCUUAUUGUGUCAGAGAAAACAAGCCCUGCGUUUGGUGGGUUCAGAGAUACUUCAAAGACUGUCUUUGCAAUCUGAAAGAUGAUUUCUCCUUUUCUUUCGGAAUCAUUAGUUUAGUAUGCUGGGGAGUUGCAGAGAUACCUCAAAUCGUCACCAACUUCAAAACCAAGUCCGGCCAUGGCGUUUCCCUCCUUUUUCUCCUCACUUGGGUUGCUGGGUUCGAUUUCUUUUUCACUCAUUUCCUUGCAUUUUCAAGCUUUGUUUUACGAUUAAUCUCCUCUGGUUUUCUUUGUUGCAGUGACGUGUUCAAUCUUGUAGGGUGUCUUCUGGAACCUGCAACAUUGCCGACUCAGUUCUACACAGCUCUGCUCUAUACAAUAAGUACUGUGGUUCUAGUGUUGCAAAGUGUUUACUAUGAGUAUAUCAGCAGUUGGUGCAAACGUCGACGGAUGAAAUCCAACCACACGGUUGAAGAUGAGAAAGAGCCAUUGAAACCUGGCAAAAAUGAGUCGGGAAUUCCCAUACCUAAGGCUAGGGGGAGAGCCCAUACUCGAAGGGAGUUCUAUUACACGUCAGCUAGAUCUCUUGCUGGCAGUGGCACUCCACCUUUUCGAACAUAUAUGAGCGUGGCUAAAAGUGGUCCUUCCGCCAUGGCACUUGGGAGUGAUUCAUCAUCUGAAGAUGAAUCAGCUCUGGUUUCAUCCAAGAAGUCUGGAACUCGACCUCGACCAAUCCCGGGAGCGGCUGCAAGUUAUGGUACAUUUCUAGCUACGUCUGUCAACUUGCCACUAGGAAGUAAGGCUUGGAUGGAAAUCAAAACUGGUUUUACCAAUAGAAGACUGUUACAGGAGCUCAGAAUGGAGCAUAGUGCAUUCGGACAAUGGCUGGGAUGGCUAAUGGCUGCCAUAUACAUGGGAGGCCGAAUCCCUCAGAUAUGGUUAAAUAUCAAAAGAGGAAGUGUGGAGGGCUUGAACCCUCUCAUGUUCAUCUUUGCACUGAUAGCUAAUGCUACUUACGUGGCGAGUAUUCUAGUGAGAACCUCCGAGUGGGAAAGCAUUAAGGCUAACAUGCCAUGGUUGCUGGAUGCUGUAGUUUGUGUGGCACUCGACUUAUUUAUCAUAUUGCAAUAUAUUUACUACAAAUAUUUCAGAGAGGCGGUGAACAGUGAUGGAGAAGAUUAUGGAGAGUAUAGGGAAGCGAGUAAAGAAGUUAAAGCUUGAUUUUACAUUGCCAUAUCAGCUAAAUGACUCAAAAUCUUUGGAGCUGUAACUUCCCCACUUACCUUGAUAGUAUAUAGUUGCAGUGUACGCAUAUGUUCAUGCAGGAAGAC